AUGCGUAAAAAGACUUCCAUGAAAUCACAGGACACAAAUGAAGUGGCAACAAAGUCUCAAAACGUUCAGGAAGUAUCCGCCUCGGAGAAUAUUAGAAUAUUAGCCAAUGAAAUUCGUGGAAUGCGAGCAGACAUGGAUCUCUUUCGAAUGGACGUGACAUCACGUUUCGAAACUCUUGCAACUUCCUUGCUAGAAAAAGGAAAUCUAAUAGACAUAUUGGAGAAUAAACAGGAAGAGCUGGAGCGUAGAAAUACAGAAUUAGAGACCACCGUUCUUACACUUCAAGAGCGUAUUGCCCAGAUGUCACAACGAGCUUUAAGAAAGGAAGUUGAGAUUUUGGGUGUCCACGAGACUGACGGCGAGGAGCCCACACACCUGACUUUGCUCGCGGCUACUAAGAUUGGGCUAGACUUAGAUGUUAAAGACAUCGAUGAAGCUACCCGCGCUGGCCCUAAACGGAAAUCAGCUGGUGAAGACCCCGAGGUGAAACGCCAUCCUCGACCUAUAGUUGUACGAUUUACUACAAAGGCCACCAGGGAUAAAUUUUUAUCUACUGCCAGAUCAAGGAGAACGUUAGACAGCAAAGAUAUCGCUGAGGGCGGACCAGCUCGGAGGGUGUAUGUAAACGAGAGAUUGACAACUGAAAAUAGGCAGUUAUUUCGCGCUGCACGUACCCGCGCACAAGAGUGCGGAUACAAGUUCUGCUGGGUCAAAAACGGAAACAUUUAUGUCAAAAAACACGAGAGGAGCUCAGCCCUACGAAUUAACUCUUCCAGUGACAUCCACUGCCUGGGUGGGCCAGCGUUGCAUGCGACUUCAGACCAGCAGUCCUUCUUCGAGCGUUCGAGUCGCUGA